AUGUCAACGGCCACCGAAAUUCGCUCCGUCACUCGGAGUCGACAGACACUCCAGUCUCCCGCUCAAGCAGCCGUUGAAACCUGGCCGGAGAAGGAAAAAGACGGCCAGAGAGCUGAAUCUCAAUUGCCUGAGGACAAGUUCUUCUGGACAUACACCGAAGAGCCUCACCGCACCAGACGCCAGGCCAUCAUCAAAGCACACAGGGACAUCCUGAAGCUGUGUGGCCCUGAGCCUCUGACAAUCUACACUGUCACCUUGGUAGUGCUGCUGCAGGUCACCUGUGCUUUAUUGCUCAAGGACUCGCCUGUAUUGUCCUGGCCAUUCUUCCUGACUGCUUAUAUUAUUGGAGCCACAGCCAACCAAAACCUCUUUCUGGCCAUCCAUGAAAUCAGCCACAACCUUGCCUUUCGCACCCCCAUCUACAACCGUCUAUUUGCCGUCUUUGCCAAUCUCCCUAUCGGUCUGCCCUACUCUGCAGGCUUCCGCCAAUACCACCUUACUCAUCAUAAAUCUUUGGGUGUCGACGGACUAGAUACAGAUCUCCCCACCGCUCUGGAGGCCGUCUUUCUCGACUCUGUGUUUGGAAAGGCCUUUUUCUGCACCUUCCAAUUGAUUUUCUACGCCAUCCGGCCCAUGAUGGUCUAUCAGAUCCCCUUUGGGUCGAUCCAUUAUUGCAACAUAGCCGCCCAAGUUAUUUUCGACUAUCUGAUUGUCAGGUUCCUUGGACCAAAAGCACUGGUGUAUCUCCUCCUCAGUUCUUUCCUGGCGGGAUCUAUACAUCCAUGUGCUGCACACUUUAUUUCCGAGCAUUAUGUCUUUGCCAAAUCUACUCUCCCAAACGGGAAGAUGCCCAGAGAUAUACCGAUUCCCGAAACGUAUUCUUACUAUGGUAUUCUGAACAUCCUCACCUACAAUGUCGGCUACCACAAUGAACACCAUGACUUCCCUGCCAUUCCUUGGACCAAACUUCCUCAAGUCUAUGAGAUAGCCCGGGAGUUCUACGAGCCUCUGCCGUGUCACAGAAGCUGGCCGUUGGUACUGUGGCAGUUCAUCACCGACAAUGAGGUGGGCUUGUGGUGUCGGGUGAAAAGGGCUGAAGGCGGUCGAAUGGUUGGCGGCUGGCAAGACGGUGAAGUACAGAGUUAA